UUCCAGAUGGUCUACAUGAAGACCAGGCUGGUUUACGCUUCUGUUCUGGUGAUUGGCGCGCUUUGCUUGUACUUCAGUAUGGAGCCUUUCAAAGAACUGCCAUUCGUUUUCAAGAAGAGUCACGGGAAGUUCCUUCAGCUUCCGGAUGUAGACUGCAAGCAGAAGCCACCUUUCCUCGUGCUGCUGGUGACCUCAUCCCACAAGCAGCUGGCAGCCCGCAUGGCCAUCCGCAAGACGUGGGGUAGAGAAACCAUGGCGCGGGGGCAGCCGGUGAGGACCUUCUUCCUUCUGGGGACCUCGGACAGCGCCGACGAGAUGGAUGCCACCGCGAGGGAGAGCGAGGAGCACCGUGACAUCAUCCAGAAGGAUUUUAAGGACGUCUACUUCAACCUGACCCUGAAGACCAUGAUGGGCAUGGAGUGGGUGUACCACUUUUGUCCCCAGACAGCUUUCGUGAUGAAGACAGACUCGGACAUGUUUGUGAACGUUGGCUAUCUGACCGAACUGCUGCUGAAGAAAAACAAGACGACUGGGCUCUUCACAGGCUACAUAAAGCCCCAUGACUUUCCCAUCAGGCAGAAGUUCAACAAGUGGUUUGUGAGUAAGUUUGAGUACCCCUGGGACAGGUACCCGCCCUUCUGCUCUGGGACAGGCUAUGUCCUCUCCAGCGAUGUGGCGAUCCAAGUGUACAAUGUCUCAGAGAGCGUUCCGUUCAUCAAGCUGGAGGACGUGUUUGUGGGGCUCUGCCUGGCCAAGCUGAAGAUCAGGCCCCAGGAACUCCACACCAAGCAGACCUUCUUCCCCGGGGGCUUGCGCUUCUCCGUGUGCCGCUUUCAGAAAAUUGUGGCCUGCCACUUCGUGAAGCCCCAGGACCUACUCACAUACUGGCAGGCGCUGGAGAGCUCUCAAGAGCAGGAUUGCCCUGCUGUCUGAGGGGAGCCUGGCGGCACCAGGGACAAACUUCUGAUAACCUGGGGUGGUGAUUUGGAAAGAGCUGGGAUGGUCUUGCUGGGAGCCGUCAGGGGUGGAGAGAGAGCGA